CACCCCGGCACCUCUUCCUCCCCUGAGUCGGGUCGGUGUGUAGUCUGCUAGCUGUAAGGGUUAUAUUUGUUCGGACGUUCCUCUGCUCCUGAAAUGAAGAGACUUCUGUUCGGUUGAUAACACUUUGUCGUUAAACACAUAUUAAAUCUAUUUAUUCAACAAACAUGAACUCUUGUCGAGGCUUAACUUUGUUCUAUCGAUCAGUUCAAUGGUCCAACUGUAUACCAUUUGUUGGUACUAGUAGGUGCUGGGAUCCUAGAUGUCAAACGUUUCUCAAAUUGCUCCAAGCUAACUUCUGUUCGCUUACAAUCAAGAACUCCACAUUAAACAAGGUGCAUCAACCUCAGCUUUCUGCAAUUCUCUCAGUGCAACGUAACUAUGCUUCUAAGAAAAGUGCCAAGAAAAAGACAAAUGUGCAAGUAAAUUUAACUGGACUUGGAGAACUUAUCGAAGUGGAAGAAAUGGUUCAGAGAAUGGAAGGUGCUGUUCAGACCAUGAAAACUGAGUUUGUUAAGAGCCUAUCUCUCCGAUCCGCAGGGUCAAUUGAAAGUAUGAAAGUAAGAUUUGAAGGAAAAGAAUAUGAGCUUCAACAAGUGGCAAAGAUGACUCGAAAAGGCCAACAAACUAUUGUGUUGGAUAUGUUGUCUUUCCCUCAGAUGACUAAAACUGUUGUUGACACUCUGAAGACUUCAUCUCUAAAUUUAAAUCCGCAACAAGAGGGGACAACAAUUUAUGUCCCAAUACCUAAAGUUACAAAGGAGCAUCGAGAGAUUUUAGCUAAGAAGGCUAAAGCCCUUUUUAUCACCUGUAGAGAUUCCAUCAAACAGACUCAAGAAAAAAAUAUUAAAGAAUUAAGGAACAGUGAUGUUUCUGAUAGCGAAAGACAAUCAGCCUAUAAGCAGGUGAUAGCAAUUGCUGAUAAAUACGUAGCGCAAUCAGAAGAAAUUAUGAAGGGAAAGCAAGAUGAACUACUUGGAAAGUCCUAAAAAGUGACACUUUCAAUCAUAAAUAGAUAAAUACAAUAAAAGUUAUGCCCAUAUGACAUUUUA